GAUGGGAUAAGACGUGGUCGACCAAGAGCAGACACAGUUCGUGACCUAAUAAAUGAAGGAGAGCAUUCUUCUAGCAGAAUACGUUGUAAUAUCUGCAACAGGGUGUUUCCACGAGAGAAAUCGCUGCAGGCACACAAACGAACUCAUACUGGUGAGAGGCCUUAUUUGUGUGACUACCCAGAUUGCGGGAAAGCCUUUGUUCAGAGCGGGCAGCUCAAAACUCACCAGCGUCUUCACACAGGAGAAAAGCCUUUCGUCUGCUCUGAGAAUGGCUGUUUAAGCAGAUUCACGCAUGCAAACCGUCACUGCCCCAAGCAUCCCUAUGCCCGGCUGAAGAGGGAAGAACUCACAGACAGACUGAGUAAAAAACAGACGGCUGACAACAAAGCUGUGGCUGAGUGGCUAGCAAAAUACUGGGAGACCAGAGAACAGCGUGCUCCUGCUUUGAAAAGUAAAGCAAUCCAGAAAACGGAUCAGGAACAGCAGGACCCGAUGGAAUAUCUUCAGUCUGAUGAAGAAGAUGAUGAAGACAAAAACAGCGCUCAUUCAGCUGCUCGCCGCCGCCGCCUCCAGGAACAGCGUGAACGCAUGCAUGGUGCAUUGGCUCUCAUUGAGCUUGCAAACCUAGCUGUGGCACCACUGUGACAGUAGCAUAGGAACGGAGUCUGCCUAUACAAAAUGUACUCCUGGUGGUACUAAACCAGUUAGAUCCUGGGCAUAAGCUAAGCACCUUAUUUGCUUAUCAUAGGCUGCUAUUCUGUAGAAUUUAUGAAGAAUGUUGUUGCCUCAUAACAUGGGGUGAGAGAAUUGCACUUUUUGUAAGGUAAAAGACAGAUGUAAAGUUUUUAAGUAUUUUGUAAAUAUGGGACUGUUGUGGGAAGUUAGAUUUUUGCAAGGUUAACUCAUUUAUUUGAAGCAGUUUUCACAGGAAGCACUUUCUGAACACGGUGUUUGUGGUUAGCAGAAUGGUACGUGCAGCCAAAGAAGGCUGACAAAAGGAAAAGUAUUUAUCUGACUAUUUAAGUAAAAUUAUAUUAAGUGGUAGAACUGAAAAUACUGUAAGCAGCGAUGGAACCAUGUUUUCUAAUGUCAGUAUAUUUUUACCUAGUAACACUUGGCAGAAAGACAAAGCUUAGAUAUCUCAACUUGUAGAGGGGAAGAAACUGCUUCAUGCAGGAAAUUGUAAGAUAGUUCAGGAUCUUCACUGUGACUACUCAAGGUAUGUGUU